CCUCUUUGGUCCGCGAUUUUUCUUCGGUGGCAGCUCAUCAAAAUGUCAAUCGCAUUUUCAACUGGAAGAAUAAAGUGGUGUUGUUGAAGAAAGAACGGCAGAAGUGAGAAAAAAUCCCGUAAUGUAAGCCUCGUAUGGCUCCGUGUGCAGCUAGAUACUUGUAAAAAUGUGGAAAAAACUUUAGUUUCGUGACUGAAAUGUGAAAAUUUAGGAUAUGAAAUACGUAUACAUUUCUUUGGUGGCAGCUUAAUCAGAAAAAAAGUUACACGCAUCCUAGUAUUGUGCAGUGAAGAUGUUUACGAAAAAGUCAAACAUCGAUCUGAAAAAAUCGACGGCAAAAAUCCAAGAUAGCAAAAAAGAUUCCACUGCACGAUUGCGCCAUUUGAAAACAAUUCUAGAACAUGUGGACAGCGAAGAGGCCAAAAACCUGUUCGAAGCUAACUACAGUCAUGUCUACUACAUCCUGUACGACACGUUCGUCCAAGCGGAGGCCAAUCUACGCCAACGCGUCCACAAAACACACCGCGAAGAACUGGACGGAUCGUUGUGGCUGUUGAGCAAAAUCCUUUGCCUUCUGCCGGAGCUGAUCGCCCGCCGUUGGCAGGUGCAUUCGCUCGGACGGAUACUGGCCAAGCUGCUCCACUAUGGGAACAGUGUCAAACUGCGCAAGGAAGGUGUCCGAUAUUUUCUACUGUGGUACCAAGCACUGGGCGACAAUGCACCGCCCUUCGUCCACGGUAUGUUUACCGAGUUGGUCCCUGGACUCACGGUGCCGCAGAAGGGCAAGAACGGUCCGCUAUCUUCAGAAUCGGAAUUCAUCGCAACAGACGUCCUGAAUCAUCCGAACAUGAAGGGAGAACUGGGUGGAUCAGUUUUCCACGAUACUGGAGCACAUCCAGUAAAGUCGCCAGAGAUUCAACCGCUCAUUCCACCCGGUUCCAACGAGCGAACGGCAGCACCGGAUCCUCGCGAUGGGCUGGAGAUCUUGCUAGAUAGUAUGGUUCAGUCCUGCGGAUGUCUUAAAUGGAGAGAUAAUUCCCCACAAAAACACAUCAAAACAUUCAAUUUUCUCCUGAGUAAGUUUCGUGAACAGUAUCUACCAGUCUUCUGUCCUAGUUUCGAUUAUUCCACAUCGAUCUACGAACCCAAGCUUGAUUUACCGGCGAUGCGAAAUGUAUCCAAACGCGAAGAAGUGAUGAGUUCAUGUGUUGUAGUUUUGGUAAUCUGGAUAGCGAAAUACACGCACGAAAGGCAUGUCAGCACCAAACUUGAUAACGUUCAAAUUGACGAAGAAACCGUCGGUGAAAACGCAUCCCUUCUAUCAAACUUACGCCACAUGGGUUACACACAAACCCAACUGGUACGGGAUGUUCUGUAUUCCAGCCGAGAGACGAUUAACUUUGUGCACGAGAUUUAUCGCCAGGCGUUUCUGAUGUCGUUCACAUCGAAAAGUCAAAUUGAAGCGAUGCGUAUCGCCAUAUCCGUCUACCGUGACUGGAUGAGCACCAUUCCGCCCCCGCCGUUCCUUCUGGAACCGGACACAAGCGAAGCUUCCUUGAACAGCAGCUCCGGAGAGUUGCAGCAGACCGGCCGGCCCAACAGCCAGCGGCUUCGAACCGACUCAUAUUUGGGCGCGAUCAGCAAAGAGAACGUGAUGAUUCGAGCCGGAUUGCAGAAUGUUCUGCAGGUUUUCGUGACGAAUGCAGUGAACGUUUUUAUGGUUAACACAGCCCACCUUAAUAUACAUUUUCAAUCGAAGACAAACAGCGAUGGGUUCGCAACCCCUCUGGACGAACAGACCGACAUCUGCAAGCGGGUGUUGAACAUUUACCGAACGAUGGUUAUGAAGACGCGCAUGGAAGGACGGACCUGGGAGCAGUUGCUUUUGGUUUUGUUGCAGGUUACAUCCGUUAUACUUCAAAAUUCUCCUCCGAAUGCGAAGAAGAACAAUCUGGGUGGUCGGUUGGCUCAGCCCAUAUUCCAAACGUUGAUCGUCACCUGGAUAAGGGCCCACACAAACGUAAAUGUGAACCCCGGACUGUGGGAUAAGUUCCUGAAGGUGCUAUCCUCGUUGACUCACAGAGAAGAACUGAUAGUGGAAUGGGACAAAACGAUGCAAACGUUGACACGGGUACUAGCUAGGCAGGUUUACAACAUCAAUCUAUCGGAUUUGCCGCUGGACCGGCUGGCGGAACAGAAGGGUAAAAGAAAACGCGGGACUCCUUCGAACUGGACGCAAAGCUCGACUGUAACGCAAAAUGAAAAACCGGACGGUACGGUUGCACAGUGCAAUAAUAAUGGAAAGAACUCCUUGGAAGAUGCCAGUGGAGAAGACAGUAGACUGCCCAACCAUGGACACGUAACUAGAAGCAUACCAGGUACUCCAUCUCUAAACAGAAGCUACAGCGAAGGCAGUUUGGCCCCAUUCCGAAAGUCUCGUACCAGACGAAGAGUUCGAAAUAAGAAUCACAGCACAACACAGCAGCAUAUAGCGUCGCUGCCGAUGACGGUGGAACAUUCACUGAAUCGAAUGUUAUCAAACACAUCCGCUGGGGGGUUAAGUAUAAGUAACGAGAACUUAGAACUAUCCAGGUUUUCUCAAUGUGACGAGUCACUAAUGAUGGGACCGCCGACAAUUCGAAGAGCUCUGUCGUUGGACUCUAUACGGCCACCACCCGGAAAGGGUCGGGGUGCAGGAAAUGAUAGUGACAGCUAUAGGGGUGGAUCGAGAAGCCCAUCGCCGACGGCUUCCAGCGGAAUCGAAAGUGGUUCGAUUAAAGAUUCUCCCAUGCAAAUAGAUGUUCUAACUGCCGACAGCUCUAGUAUUGAUACGCAGGACGAAAACAGUACUGUGUCAGCGGACAGAAGAUCGAUUCUUUCCGGUGGAACGGCCCGCGGCUGGCUGCCCGACGUGGCAGCAGUAAUGUGGAGAAGAAUGCUAGGCGCUCUGGGCGACGUAAACAAAAUUCUAAACCCCAAACUGCACGCACAAGUUUUCCAGUAUUUGGUAAACAUAACGGAAAGUUUAAUCAAGAUUCGGAUGAACCAAGGAAUCUCACUGGACGGCCAACCCAUUCCAGCUCCGUCGGUUCUCGUGCCACCGAUUGCACUUGUCGCACCUUGGUGUUACGGCGCGCUUACACUCGAUGGUCAGUACAGCCAAGGAAAGCUGUACGCUAUGCAGUUGCUCUGUACAAUUGUCAAAGCUGGAGCAUCGCUGGGAAACAACCAACUUCCUUUGUUCUAUCAUGCUCUUCAUCAAGCACUUUCCGGCGAAGAUCGUGCGAUGGCGUACACGGCUUUGAGGUAUCUUGGAGGACCAAGAUUUCUUAGUUUACUGCUACCAGGGCAUUCCCUGCUUUUGCUGGAUCUUGUCCAUGCAUCAACAAUAGUGUUGACUUCCUCGGAAACCGGUCCACACGCUCCCAGGGCGCACGUAGCAGGUUUGUUGGGUUCUUUGCUAUGCUUUCCCAAAACAUCACUACCAGGGCCAGUCCUGCAACCUUCGGAACCGAACAUCGACCUAAUGGAAUGUCCCGAUCUUCAGGAACAUGUACUCAACAUCGUGCUUCGUUGUGCACGUCGAGAGCCUACUUCAAAAGCACGAUCCAUUGCAAUAGCUUCUCUUGGUCAAUGGAUUCUUCAGAACCUGACCAAUCCGUCCGCUUUUCAGGCUUCUUCCGGAGCAGAAACAACCACCUUCAAGCAACGUAUUCCGCAACAUCAUUCCACCACUACUUCGUGCCGCGAAGAGCUUGCCGUUAAUCCACGCAUUCGAGAAGCCUUUCAAGUACUGCUGCAAGCAUUACAGUUUAGACAUCGCAUAAUCGCCCGGCUGGCCUCCGAAACACUGAAACUGUGCGCCGAACAAGGCAAACGCAUCGAACGGAUCGAACGACUACCGCAACUCAUCAUCGAUACCAUAUGUCUUUCGUUGGAAAUCCAGAACAUACCGCAUCCAAAAGAAUCCGAUAAAACCGUAAUAACUUCCCUGCUGCUGACACUAGGAGAAUUCUGCAUGUCCUUCUCCGUGGAAACCUUGCAACGUCCCAAAAGUUUGGACUCCGAUGAACCCCUCAUACAAGUGGUGUUCAAAGUCUUGCACAAAAUAGCAAUGGGCAUACAGAAUGGCGAACGAAUCAAAUUGUUUACCACCGAUGAAGACUUCGAUAUGACUAUCACCGUGGACGAUGUUCGCGAACAGAACUCAUCGACAGAGCCCACCUAUCAAACUUCUGAAACGAUUGCCAGCUGUCAGUCUGCGAUUCGUCUGUGUGCCAAGACGGUAGCAAUGCAUUUGAUCACUAACCUGGGUCAUUUUCCGAUGGGAAUAGGAGCUACCCGACUUAGUUCAAUGGUUGAUGAGCAGGACGAUCUCGUCGGCAACAACAUGAGUACACUACAGCGGGAAAAUUCCCUAGGUAAUCGAGACUCAAUGGACCUGGGAGCUUCGCAAGUGCUAACCUCUCCUAACGUACAGUUGCUGAUGCUAAGUCCAGAACUAGUGGCAAGUUUUAUUGAAUUAUCCGCUUUGAAACUACCAGGAGGGGGAGCCACGGCUGGAUUGAUAACGGCAAACAGGCAGGUGCGACUGCUGUUACGAGAUCUCAACGGUAAAGCCUGCUGGGACGCGUCAAUACUCUACAGAGAGCCAAGCCUUAGCAGCGAAGACACAAGCCGACAGAUUAAAGACUCGUCACCGAUUAGUGAAAGACCCAAUUCAGCAUUUCAAUUCCGCACAGAUGGAAGUUUUUCAAGAAUCAUGACGGGAGCAGUCGCCUCGAUUGAUCCGAUGAUGUCAACGAUUGGACUGCCGAUUGCACCAUUACGGCACACUCUUCGCCACAGACCUGUUCAUCAGUUGCCUGUGGCCAAAGAUCUAGCACCGGACCUUGACCAGCUGGAUGAUCUACUGCAGUAUAUCGGAUACACUAGUCCGGAGUGUUUGGAUGCGUGUGGAGUUCCGCUAAAUACUGCAGGGCCGUCCCCAUUGGGAGCACCAUUGGAAGCGCAAACAAUUUCUAUAAUCCUAAACCAACGAGCUCUCGAAACGGAAUACAUCGUAAGACAAAACGCUGCGGUGGGUCUCUUAAGUGAAUCGCCUGCUUACAACGUUGGAGGUUCCGUCGCUUACGCAUCGUUCAUCGACGAUAACGCCCCUACUGCUGCUUUCAGUACUAGCGGAACAAUGCUGGCAAGGUUUAACAUUUCCACUGCCGUAGAACGGUUGUCAAGCUCAAGCAGUGAAACGAAAUCAUUCCAAUUCGGUCGAAUACUUUUCAGUCAGCUUGGUCUAGCCGGUUGGGAACGGCGUAAGCGUACGCACCUGCUGCAACGUACGGAUAAGUUGUUGCGAGAGCUUCGCAACCUAGACAAUCAGAAAUGUCGUGAAACGCACAAAAUGGCUGUGAUUUACGUUGCCAACGGCCAAGAAGAUAAGAGCAGCAUCCUUAGAAACUCGUGCGGUAGCAGCACUUACGAAAUGUUCGUUUCGGCACUUGGCUGGGAAGUGGAAUUGGAGUCGCACAACGGAUUUUUGGGUGGCUUACCGAGACAAGGUUGUGGCCAAACCGCACCGUACUAUGCGACUCCCUUUCUGGAAGUUAUCUACCACGUUUCCACCAGAAUGCCGUCCGAUAGUUCCGAGGCUAUCUUAAACAAAACGCGGCAUCUGGGUAACGAUGAGGUGCACAUUGUUUGGAGUGAACACAAUCGCGACUACAGACGAGAUAUUUUACCGACGGAGUUCUGCGAUGUGCUAAUUGUGAUCUAUCCGAUGAAAAGUGGACUCUUUCGGGUGACGAUCAACAAGAAGCCGGACGUUCCGUGGUUCGGUCCACUUUCCGACGAGAUGGUAGUUGGAGGAUCCUGUUUGGCCAGCUUAGUACGCGCUUCGGCUAUCAAUGCGAGCCGAGCCAAGCGUACUUCAUUACCGUUGUAUCAGCAAUACUAUGAGGAGCGUAAUCGCUCAUUAGACACGGUGGCCAUGCGGCAUAAAGAGAGCAACACAUUUGAAGACUUUACGGCAAGAAUCUUCAGUCCCAUUCCACCACAGAACACGGUGACAGGCGGCACGGCCGCUGUAGGUGCGAGUAUUACUGGUGGAGCUCCGCUGGCGGCUGCCCUUAUCGAUCAUCACAGCCGGACCACGUCCAAGACAUGGAUCCACCAUCCGGAAAUCGUAGCCACCGCUCGUGAGGUCACACAGCAGACGGUAAUGGCAUCGGUUUCGCUGGAUCAGCCUUCUCCACGUCCACUACGUAAGCUACACCAUCCCUUCAAGCCAGCUGUUACGAAGCCACCCAAAACGGCACCACCAGCCGUACCAUCCGCCGGUUCACAGGCUGCUACCGUUAUACAUCAUCCAUUCGGUGGUUCCUCCGCUACGCCACCCGACAGUCCCACCUUUCCGGGCAGGUCCAAGUUCAAAUGAGACUGGUGGUAGCUUCUGGCUAGUACCAGCAGCAGCAGCGAAGAAGAUCUGUACAUCGCUACGGAGCAGCAAACGAAGAACCGUUCGCCCCCGCUUCGAAGCCCUCUCAUGGAAAAGGUGGGCAUUUCCGUUUGUUUUUGCGGCAAAUAAGAUUUUGGGUGCAUUCGCAAACGAAAACGUCUCGUUUUUUCUGCUCGUACACGCGAUUGAGACAGCGAUAAAAAAGAUCGAUGUAGCUUUAACGAGAAAAAUUAUUUAUUGCUGAUGAGCCCAGCGCCCGCGCGGUGAACUAAAUCAAAAAAAAGUAUCAAAACCUACAUAAUUGUGAGAUCUAAAGCGUCCAUUAAUAUUUUAUGAUUACUUACAUUUAAUUACUAUUUUGUCGCUUCUUGUUUGAUUUUAUUAUUUAUGCUUUAAAACUGUUGUAUUUAAUUUAAAUAUUCCUAUUAAUAGUGGCGUGGCAAACUGAUGCCAUCGGUAGCUCAUCAUUUCGUCCGUUAAACAUUUGUCCCUUCGGUCGAACGUCCAAUAUUAACGUUUGCUAACGCAUCAUAUAAUGAUAACCCGGGCCGUACUCGUACCGAUACGAUCGAAAUAUACCUUUGCGUUCUGUUGAAAUGCCUGUUAGGCGAGAUAGCACUUUCCUCUCCACUCUUUCAAAGUAUUAUUCAAAGUUAGCAGUAAGCAGUUGAUUUAACUUAUUGUUUGACAAAGUCCCUCGAGCUUGACCUAAUAUAUAUUACUACGGAAGUAACAUUACUAAGAUCACUAAGAAAACUUCAUAGAGAAUUGAAAACCCUUCUGUGUCUCAAUUCCCAUUUACACGUAUUUGUUAUUUAUUAUUAAUAAGACUAAAUUAUAACAGAAGUAGAAACGUGUCUUUUCUUUACCUUUUCUAUAGCAUAAACCUGUGAAGAAACACAUAGAUAAGAAUAAUUAAUAUAUACAAUACUAUUGAAAUAAGAUUGAGAAAUAUGCCUAACACAUUACUGGGAAUGGUGACAGGAUAGGAUAAGCAUGUAACAACGGCAUUUUUUGAUACAAACAAAGAAUUGAUAGGUAGGGUGAAGACAUGAGCUCGAAUUGGCAGUUUUAUAGGUCGGAUUACGAACAGAGACUAUUAGGAUGGUGCGAAACGCUGAGACCGAUGCAACUUCAGUAACAAUGACUAACACAACGUAACCAGUUGUAAAAGUGUUCUCAGUCUGUUUUGUUUGGCUUAGCCAAAACAACCCUCUAUCUAUAUACUGAUUAAAGACGUUCGCUCUUGAUAUAUUUCCCUAUCCUUACUACUCAAAUAAACUGAAAAAUGA